AUGUCAACACCGCAGACAGAACUGUCAAUAGGCUUGAUGCUCUUGAUGGCGGUCCUGGAUCCUCAGUCGGAGGCAGACAACACUUCUGCCACUUUGACUUCUGACCAACAGAAUCCGUGGGAAGGCCCUUACAAAGUGUUGGCCACCGGAGCCCAAUCAAAUUCCAUGAGUCCUAAGACCAAGAAAUGCGCAGCUGACCCGCAGCCACAAUCCUGCUCCAGCAAGAAGUCCUGGAAGACUGUUAAGGAUGAAGCGGAGGAAUCAGAAGAAUCAGAUGAAGAAGAGCCAUUCAAGGAUACACCAAUAGAACUGGUACAUCACAGGACUCUCCCCCUCAAGGGUUUGAUGGUGUGGAACAAAAUCUGUUGUGCCGCACAGUACGCUUCAACGGUGGAGCAGACAAUUGAGCGCAGAAUUGAGCCAGGUGCUCAUGUCUACUGGAUGUUCUCUCAAAUCUUUGCGCAACUCAAGUUCACUUGGCAAGAAAACCGCAAAUCCGGUCAAUCUUCAGCCACCAAUAAAAGGUCAACAUUUCUGUUGGCCUUGGAAGCAUGGGUUGAUAUCAAAGAUUGCAAUACUGCUCAUUUUUGGCACAUGAUGAAUGGAUUCCGCAGGCGCCUUGGCCGCAUCCAUUCUUCAACUCAAAGUACUUCAACAUCCCCGCUUUGA